ACGAAAUCACAUCGUAGGGGAAUAAUAAUGUGACACGAACCCAGCUGCUGGGAUAUUCAUGUGAACUGUGCGACAGGUUUAAGGUGCGCUUUCGUUUCGGAUCAACUUUGGCCCAAGUAGGUGGGAACCUGGUGACCCACGGCGUGCCCCGAGUCGGCGUGACAAGUUGGGAGAGGGAGGGGGAGAAAGAGAGAGAGAGAGAGAGAGAGAGAGAAAAAAAAGGGACUCGCAUCACUAUUUUUAAAUGGGUACAGUGAGAUUUUGGGAGGGGGGGCGUGGACGGUAGAGGAGUAGCAGUGAGCAUGUUGGCUCUUGGCUGCAGUUCCAGCGUAGUGAUGUGCCGGCUGAAAGAACCGGACCACGCAUAGACGGAGCGGCAGGACGCGGAACCGUGAGGUUGCAGCAGACUUUCUGUCAUUUUUUUUUUUUUUUUUCAAAAACCCGUUUGGCAUCUAUUUGGAUUUACUUCUUCAACGCGCUGUCGCUUGGCGAUACAAAGGACUUAAAGGAAGGAGGAUAAAGCGUGUAGUGUUUCUUUUCUCCAUUUAUUUCUUGAAGACGCGGCAGUUGCCGUGCGUAACGGACGAAAUCUGGUCGAGCAGCUAUUUGAAUGACAAUAGUUUGAGGAAACUGCUUUCCUAUUUGUUUAAGGAAGCCUAAUUAUCGGAACUGACUGCGCAUGGUAAGUCACCAAGUCACCGUGGGCGAGCAGAGAUUAAUGUUUUGAUGACAUUUGGGAUUUGAAUGCCGCGACAAGUGAAACUGAAGUGAUCUUCAUUUGUAAAUAUUGACAGGUGUCACAAUACCGAGUGUGUCAGGCUGAGCCUUUCAUUCACUCCCGGCUCUGCUAUGUCUUUACACACCGCGGACUCAUAAGGUUGGGGAUGGUAACCAAACGUUUGGAAUGGAGAAUCCGAAAUUUGAUUAAUCCAGUUCUCUUCACUUUACUAAUACUCUGCGAACGCACACAUUGUUAUUAACAACCUUAUAAUGCGUUUGAAACGCCGAAUGGGAAAGUAACCAUCACUUUAGUGUCUUCUUCCCUCCGAGUUGUAGCCUCUCUGGCAACAGCCAAAAUGACAAGCAACGGACCUGUCAUCGUCUACGAGUGGCUCAAGACCCUCCAGCUCGCCCAGUAUGUCGAGUCUUUUGUGGAUAAUGGAUAUGACGACCUGGAGGUUUGCAAACAAAUCGGAGACCCAGACCUGGAUGCCAUCGGCGUCUACAUUCCUCACCACAGGCAGAGGAUUCACGACGCAGUGAGGAGGCUGAAAGAGGAAGCCCAAGAGACGGCCAGUGGACUGUACUUCACCCUGGAGCCGAUGCCCCCCGCGGCUGAGAUCUAUACCAGUCACCUGGUGGACCAGUAUGAGUCCAAACUGCGGGGAUCCAAGUCCUGGACCGAGCCCAACAGUGAGCGGGUUGGGCGCAACGGUGGGUACAUGGGCGCGCAGAGGAACCUGACGCUGGGCAACAGGAGGGAGCUGGUGAUUUACCCCAAGCUGAAGCUGAAGAUUAUGAUCAGGGAUAAGCUCAUCAGAGAUGGCAUCAACCUCGCCAGGCCGCCCUACUCUAAUAAGGAUGGUUCUCUGGGCAACAUAGAUGACCUUGCCCAGGAGUACUCUGAGUACUAUAACACCUGCUUCAGUGACGUCAGCGACCGCAUGGAGGAGCUACGCAAAAGACGAGUCUCCCAAGAGCUUGACAUGGAGAAACAGGACCCAAGCAGCACAUCCCUGCAGCUCCGUACUGAGAUCCAGGAAUCAUUAGGCUUCAGCAGUGAGGUUUCCACUCCAGAAACAGACAGAAAAAUGCCCUUGCACAAAUCCAGCUCUGAAGAUGGAUCUGGAGGUAAAUGGGACAAUAAGAAGAAGAACAAAUCUUUCUGGCAGAACUUCCGCAAGUCUCAGCACAAACCAGUCAUGCGACAGACAUCUAAAGGAGAAGACAUAGGCUACGUGGCCAGUGAGAUCACCAUGAGCGAUGAAGAGCGAAUCCAACUAAUGAUGAUGGUGAAGGAGAAGAUGAUCACCGUUGAAGAAGCUCUAGCUCGGCUGAAGGAGUAUGAGCGCAGCAGACAGUCCAGCAGUACUGACACUGCAGAGUGGACUGACGGAUCCGCAACCAAUCUAAACCAGUCCUCAAACUGCAACUCUCGUGAACAGUCAGACGAUGAGCAAUCAGAGGACUCUGUGAAGUUCAAACGACUUCACAAGUUGGUUAAUUCUACACGCCGGGUCAGGAAAAAACUCAUCAAGGUGGAGGAGGGCAAGAAACAUGGCUCUGAAGACUUUCUGAAUCUGGAGGCGCCUCCCACCUGUGAGGACAACACAGCUCUGUAUACAGGGGUCCUAAAGAAGCCCCCUUUGCCCCAGGAGAUCUCCCUUCCCUCCCUCACCCAGGAUCAACUCUCUUUGGAUGGAGACACAGACAGUCUGACCAACUCCCCUUCCUCCAGCAGCCUGGACACCUGGUCCGGGCACAAGCUGGUCAAAACCUUCAGCAAGUCUUCUAGUACCCACGGCCUCAUCCGGCCCCCCAGGAGAACACCAGUUAGCUCCGGGGGCCUGGGAGGAUCCAUCUCCGGCAUUGGAGGUAGUGGCUCUUCCUUCUCAGAGCUGGAUGGCUGUGGAUUGGACGACGAAGGAAAGCUGUCACGCUCAACGACCGACGGCGAGAUGCGGAAGGCGCUGAGCUCCAUCUCCCAUGGGGUAAGUAACAAUGAAGCUCUCUACGCCUACUAUGGCCUCACCAAACCUCGCCCCAAACCCCAUGCCCAGUCCCGCCUCCUGAUAUCCCUGGAUGACGGUCCACAAGGCAGCCCCAAACACCAACCUGCCAACCGGCACCAUGGCAGCUGGACGCACCGGAAACCUGACCCCAACUAUGCUUACUCCACUAAGCACCUACUGUAUCAACGCUCGCGCAAUGCCAAGACCCCUGUCUCCCCUCUGUCUGUCACCCCCUCCUCCCCUGCUCGAUGUGAUGUAGCCAAAUCAAAGGGUUUUGGAAGCGGGGGAGGAGGCUGGGUGUUCCCCUCCCGCAGGCUGCGUGGUCGAACGGCAGUCAGUGAGCUGAACAUCACCUAUGUGGUAGAACGGAGCCUGUACGGUCACCUCAACUGGGCCCAGCUGGUCCGCCCAGUUACCCUCAGCCGCGCUGAGCGCCGCUGUCUGUUGGAGGAGGACCGCGAGGCGGACAGGAAGUGGGCGGCCAGUGUGGACCGCUGCACCAAGCGGGUACUCUUGCGCAUCCAACAGAAGUCUAGAACAUGCAGCUUUGGAGGCUUUGACCUGUCCAACCGUUCGCUCCAUGUGGUCAACACCGGCUCGGAGGCCAACAAUAAAGAACAGGAGGCUAUAUACCGAGAAGUGGUCAAAUCCCCCACUACGUCUCGGAUCUCACUUGGCAAGAAGGUCAAGUCGGUCAAGGAGACGAUGAGGAAACGUAUGUCGAAGAAGUACAGCAGCUCCUUGUCUGAGCAGUCCAGUCCGGAUGGAGCCCCUGGCUCCCCUCAGUCCCCUCAGCCUGACACCGACUCUCUGGAGAAGCCGAAGCUUAAGGCCGGAGGAUCAGUGGAAAGUCUGCGUAGUUCACUCAGCGGACAGAGUUCGAUGAGUGGUCAGACAGUGAGCACCACAGACUCGUCAGCCAGUAACAGAGAAAGUGUGAAGUCGGAGGAUGGUGAUGACGAAGAGCCGCCUUAUCGGGGGCCGUUUUGUGGACGUGCUCGCGUCCAUACAGACUUCACCCCCAGCCCCUACGACACAGACUCCCUCAAACUGAAGCACGGUGAUGUGAUUGACAUCAUCAGUAAGCCACCCAUGGGAACAUGGAUGGGCCUGCUGAACAACAAAGUGGGGACCUUCAAGUUCAUCUAUGUGGACGUGCUGAGUGAAGAAGAGGAGAAGCCCAAAAGGCCCGUGAGGAGAAGGAGGAAGGGCCGACCACCUAAGCCCACAUCAGUCGAGGAGCUGCUAGAGCGCAUCAACCUCAAGGAACACAUGCCCACUUUCUUAUUCAACGGCUACGAGGACCUGGACACGUUCAAGUUGCUGGAAGAGGAGGACCUGGAUGAGCUGAACAUCAGAGAUCCUCAGCACAGAGCUGUACUGCUCACUGCUGUAGAGCUGCUACAGGAGUACGACAGCAGCAGCGAUCCAGAGCGUAGCGGCCUGUCAGGCUCUCAGGAGAAGCUGUUGUCUGAGGGUCGGGGCCUGGUCGGAGACUCCCCGCGGGACUCCGGGUGCUACGAGAGCAAUGAGAACCUAGAGAAUGGUAAGAGCAGAAAGGCUUCCCGUUCCAGUCGUUCUUCAGCAGGCCUCCAGUCUCCAGACUACCCCACCCUGCCCAUGACCCUGUCAACAGAGGCUCUGCAACAGAACAGCAAGAACCAGCGCACAAAGUUCCCCAAAAGCUUCUUCAUCAAACCUUCCCUGAAGGGCUUCAACCUGCUGGGGCUUCGCAAAGCCCAAAGACAAUCCCCCAUUCCGGCCAGCCGCAGCUGUGAGGACCUGGAUGGGCCCCCACAGCCCACUGGACCAUGGAAACGCUCCCACUCUCUUGGGGAUCUGCACUGGGAGCAGAACUUUGAGCAUAAGGAUCUGGGUGUGGAGCUUAAACUCACCAAGGACGGACCCAAGUCUGGCAACAGUAGCCCCAGCAAGGUCUCUAGAGAUGAGGGUUCCCCAGCUCAGAAUAGGACACCACCAGUGAGCCCAAAAGGAAGGGCCGACAGACCACCUGUGCCCUCCCAGCUGCCUCUUCGCCCCCCUUGUCGUACGACGCAGUCCCCCAACCCUCCAGAGCCCCUCUCCAGUCUGACUCCAAGUCCCCCCGAGUCUAAUGCAAGCGGGGAGAGGGUCAUCCGGACUCACCCCAAAAAGCCUCCAGUCCCUCCUCCCGUUCCUGCCAAGAAGUCUAAGGAGAGACUAGCCAACGGCCUACGUCACCCCCCUCUCUCCCUGCCCUCCUCACCCUCUCCCACUCCCUCCCCUACCCACUCCCUUAACCGUUCUCAUCCCAGUAGUCCUAUAAUCCGCAGCAGCAGCAGCAGCCCCAGCCCCAGUGCCCCUGCUCUGCCCGCCAAGACCCCGAGCACCCCCGCCAGCCCCUGUGCCACCUCAUCCGCCUCAUCCAUGGGCGAGGAGUCCGGCACUCCGCCAGCAGUGCAGCCUCCGUGGCUCUCUGAUCUGGGGGGCAAGGUGGCUGUUGCAAGGAAGGUUUCCCAUUCCAAGAUGAGUCCUGACCUGCUCACCCUCCUGGAACAACGGCUGGAGGCUGAGGGAAUCGAUCUUACAGAGGAGCCCUACUCUGACAAGCAUGGCCGGUGCGGCAUCCCCCAGCCGCUGGUGCAGCGUUACUCCGAGGACUUGGGCCAGGCCGUCAAGGACGUGGCCUCCACCAUGGACCAGCUCCGAGUCAAAGAGCUCCGUAAACAACACCGCAUGGCUAUCCCUUCUGGAGGUUUGACAGAGAUGUGCCGGAAGCCUCUGCCAUCAGGUAACAUCAGCACGGUCUCUGAUUGGCUCACCUCCAUCGGCCUGCCCAUGUACACCACGUCUCUGGCAGCAGCGGGAAUUGACACACUGAAUCGUGUGGCCUUGUUAACAGAGAGCAUUGCAUGGGAAGCCGGUGUGCGGGAUGAAAGGCACGCCCGCCGGCUGGUCAGUGAGGCACGAUUGGUCAGCGUGCACAGAGAGGUGCAGUCCUAACCGUGUUGGUGGAGUCAUAUAAAAUAACAGGUAUCAACUCACUGGUCAGUACCAUCUCAUUUAAACAUGGUCAGUAGGUGGCCAAAGGCAAAUUGGCCACAGGACUCAACGAUCACUCGAGUGACCACAGCACUGCAGUACUACCUGUCUUGCACGUGUCAAAAGACUCACAGUGAACCACCCUGCUCUCUGUUUUCUCUCUCAGUCUGUUUUUCUCAAAUGUUUACGGCAUCGAAGAGUUUCUCCUAACAGCCAAGACAAGAUAUCAAUUGCCUUUAAAAAAUUUAAAAAAAAAAAAACAGACUGUAGACUCACUCUGUGGGAUGGAUUCCAUUCUGAAGACACCCCCAAAGUCUUUAAAUAAAGAUCUGCCUUGAAGGAAGAUUGCACACUCUUUUGUAGGACGGAUGUUUUUUAAAUACAGAAAGGACGGUUUACUUCCUGCAUAUUUCAUAAGUGCUUCAUUUUCAUCUUUUGUGGCAAGGCAACAUUAUCGGAGGGUCUUCUAAGGAAGUAGCUUGGCCAAAGUGAUUUACUUCUCAUUCAACGUUUCAUUCCCACUAAUAGACUCAUAAUGACGAUGACAGAAUUCACCUAACAUCCGGACUUUUAAUCAACUAAAUACAUACACCAAACUAUGAAUAACUGGUGGUUUUGAGAUGGCUUAUUUUGUAUCAUGUUUCUGUAUUAUAGCAUAAUCUGAAUUUUAAAAUGAUUUAUAUGUUAAAGUUUGUGUUAGCCUUUUGAAUGUUGCAGCCUUAUUUCAAGGCCAGCUCUCAGUCAUUGCUAAGCUGAAACAAGCGGACAUUACACCUUUUAUAUUUCAUAUUAUACUGUAUGUCCUAUUUCACUGCAUAUCUCGGAUGCACACCCUGCUCCGAUAUCAAUAUGAGUCUUACAGAAAGCUCUGUUUUGCUCCAGUAAUCACAAUCAGCUUUCACAGCAACAAUACAUUCCCGUGUAUCCAAGCACAUAUUAAGUUGCCUUACCAUUAUGAAUGAAUAGCUUCAUCGAAUGGAACAUAUGUAUAGUACUGACUAUACCGUGACUGAGGCUAAACUGUGCUAAAGGUGCGAGCCUUUUUUUGUUCUGAAUGUGUCUGAGAAAUAAUUGAGAUUUUAUGAGAAAUGUUUUGAACUCAACCAGAUCAUUUCAGUGAAGCACAUGGAUGUGGACCACAAAUGCCACAUGGCUCUGAUGGAUUGCGGUCUCUAUACUUGUGAAGCCCAGAUGAUUAUCCACAGGCACGACACAGACGUCGUCCCAUGUUUAACAUCCCUUUAACAUCCCAACACAUUCACUGUACAUGUUUCAUGCAGAGGGGUUGUGGGACGAGGGAGGGAGGGAGGUAGGGAGGAAGGGAGGAAGAAGAAGAAAAUAAAAAUGUUCCACAGACACAGCUGACAUCUGGGCUGUCAUAUCUGGAAUUUAUUGGACUGUCUACACUUUGGUUACAGUGUUGCAGAAUUUGAUUUAUGGCUGGAUAAUAAGCUGUUUGGGACUUUUUAAACACAUUAUACUGUAGCUAUAAUCAAUGCUGGUCUGAAAUUCUUAAUUGGACUUUUGCCAAACAUACUGAGGAUAGAUAGUAAGAACAGUUAUUAUAUCAGGUGAAAAGCUGACCUCCAAGGACAGCAUACACUAUGACACUAAAUAGUCUUGCAAAUCAGGGAAACGCUGCGUCGGGUCAGCCUGUUACUGAAACUAUGGGCCAAAAACUGAAAACAACCAGAAACUCAUUUCAUUUGCACACUGCAUGAAAUGAAACUAACGAAUAUUCCUCGUUUGGGUUUUUUCCCUCUUAUUUCUAACAGUUAGGUUCUAUCUUUCAUAGUUAGAACUGAACUAAAGGCUUAUCCCAUAUAUUUCAUAUUUAAAAAUUUGAACAAGUGUUAAAAUUAGAUUUUUUUUUGCAGUGGGCAUUUGAUAGAUAGAUGUUUGAUGCCUUUUUUUCCUCUUCAAUCAAAGUGGUGCUCUGAGAAAGCAAGGAUGGGGGGGUCAUUAUUAAAUAAAAAAGACCCAAUGAGUGUUUUGUAAAGAAUGAAAAUACUGACACUGUAAAUGCACUUUAGAGGGUAAAUCUAGCUGUUUUAUAGGCGAAAUUGGCUACAUUUUGUUCACAGGUCCAUAAAUGGACAUUUGUUGUCAGGUAUUGUAAAGGGUUUCAGUGGGUUAUGCUGGUAUUUUAUUUUAGUAUUGAGUUCCCAAUGCCAAGUUUAAUAACCAUUCACAGGUUAACCUGUUCCAGUUGUUCACUUCCAGUUUGUUUUUGCAGUCUUACAAAAAUAAAUUCUUAAUUACAUAUAUGAAAUGCUUAGCAAAAGUUGCACAUUCUGUAUAUGUAAUUGAUAUUUAAAUAACUUAUUUUUGCUUUUUUUUCAUAUCAACUGUAAUUAGCUGUACUAUAUGAAUAGCAAUACCUUCCUGCAUAAUGCAUAUUGCUUUAGCCAGUGAGGAACUACAGUAUGUAUUGUAAAAUAUGUGUACAAACUAUUUUAUUUGGUUUUCAUCUACCUAAUGAUUGUCCAUACAGAUUUGCUUGUGUAUUGAAACAACAAAAGUAAUGUCCAUAGCUAUUUGUCAUUCUGAAAUAUAAUAAAAAACUGUUUCUUGCCAUA